CCGGCCGCUCUCCCGUGCCGAGCCCCGCCGGCGCCCCAGCCCCGCCGCUCCCCACAUGCCAGGGGGAGGGGGCUCUACCUGUCCUGCCUCGGCGGCUGGCUGCGGAGCCGGGAGAGGGGGGGAAGGAAAGCAGAAUUACCAGUAGCUCUGGUUCUGCCGUCUCGGGCGUUCACACGCACACCUUCACCUGCACAGACCUGAAAGUCCAGUUCCGCCAGGCAGACGGAGGCACCGGGAAAAGGGGAGAGAGUUCAUUGGAUCAAACAUGUCACAAGAGACGGACAAUAACAAGCGACUUGUGGCCUUAGUGCCAAAUGACACUUCAUUCAACACCAGACGAGCCUACACCAGUGAAGAUGAAGCCUGGAAGUCGUAUUUGGAGAAUCCCCUAACAGCAGCUACCAAGGCUAUGAUGAGCAUAAAUGGUGAUGAGGACAGUGCUGCUGCUCUUGGCCUAUUGUAUGACUAUUAUAAAGUUCCCAGAGAUAAAAGGCUGUUGUCUCUUAACAAAGUGAGUGAUAAUCAAGAAGACCAAGAUAAAAGAAAUUGUCUUAAUACCACGGAAGCUCAGAAUAACAUAAGUGGGGGAGAGAACCGUGUGCAAGUCCUGAAGACAGUGCCAGUUAACCUUUCCUUGAACCAAGAUCCUUUGGAGUCAUCCAAAAGGGAAUACACCACAAAUGUGUCUGGGAGCUCAACACCCAUCACAGGGUCUGCAGUGACUGUGGUGAAAGCAGAGGAGUUCACCCCUGUUUUUAUGACCCCACAAACACACUAUGCAAGAGGAGAAAAUGAGGAGCACCGAGGUGUUAUCUUUGAGCCAUACGAAGUGUCCAACAUUGCUCCCCACACAAAUUAUCUUAAAGAUGAUCAGCGCAGUACUCCUGACAGUACCUACAGUGACACCUUCAAAGAUGGAGGAACAGAAAAGUAUCGGAGUGUGUCAGUGGGGGCUGAAGAAUAUAUUUAUGAACAAACAAGCAGCACUUUUCAGUACACACUAGAAGCUACCAAGUCUCUGCGUCAGAAGCAAGGGGAAGGGCCCAUGACCUACUUGAACAAAGGACAGUUUUAUGCCAUCACCCUGAGCGAGACGGGUGACAACAAAUGCUUCCGGCAUCCCAUCAGCAAAGUCAGGAGCGUGGUCAUGGUUGUUUUCAGUGAGGAUAAAAACAGAGAUGAACAGCUGAAAUAUUGGAAGUACUGGCAUUCCCGGCAGCACACAGCUAAACAGAGAGUCCUUGACAUUGCUGAUUACAAGGAGAGUUUUAAUACCAUUGGGAAUAUUGAAGAAAUUGCAUUCAAUGCUGUGUCCUUUACUUGGGAUGUCAAUGAGGAGGCAAAGAUUUUCAUCACAGUGAAUUGCUUGAGCACAGACUUCUCCUCACAAAAAGGAGUAAAAGGGCUUCCUUUGAUGAUUCAGAUCGAUACUUACAGCUACAACAACCGCAGCAAUAAACCUAUCCACCGAGCCUACUGCCAGAUCAAGGUUUUUUGUGACAAGGGAGCAGAAAGGAAAAUCCGAGAUGAAGAGAGAAAACAGAACAGGAAGAAAGGCAAAGGCCAGGCAUCCCAAGCCUCAUGUAAUAAUGCAGCUGAAGGGAAGUUGAGUGCGCUCCCUCUGCAGAAAAAGAGUGAUAUCACCUUCUUCAAAACAAUGGCUGACCUGGAUUCCCAGCCCGUUCUGUUCAUACCGGAUGUUCACUUUGGAAACCUGCAAAGAACUGGACAGGUUUACUAUAAUACAGAUGAUGAGAGAGAAGGUAGCAGUGUCCUGGUCAAAAGGAUGUUCCGGCCUGUGGAGGAAGAGUUUGGUCCUUCCCCUUUGAAACAAAUCAAAGAAGAAGGUCUGAAAAGAGUGCUUUUGUAUGUGAGGAAGGAGACAGAUGAGGUGUUUGAUGCUUUGAUGCUGAAAUCACCCACAGUGAAGGGGCUAAUGGAAGCUAUCUCUGAGAAAUAUGGACUGCCAGUUGAAAAGAUUGCAAAACUUUAUAAGAAGAGUAAAAAGGGCAUCCUGGUAAACAUGGAUGACAACAUUAUUGAGCACUACUCCAACGAGGACACAUUCAUCCUGAACAUGGAGAGCAUGGUUGAAGGCUUCAAGAUCACACUGACAGAGAUCUAGCCUCAGGCAGAGCCAUUUUGUAAGGAACCACAGCAUUUCAUCCUUCUUGGAAAGCAGAUUCCCCAUAAACUUGACAGACAUUGAUCAGAGAAACUGUUACAAGACUGCAUUGAAAAUACUGUCCAUUCUGCACAUCUGCAGCCCCUGCAGAUAUAGCCUUGGGUUUGUCAAGGACAAGGCCAUUCACAGUAACCUGGUCCCCUAUUUAUUGUUCCUCACUCUCUAGUGGACAAGCAGUUACCAGCCCCCAGAUUUGUAACCAGAUGAUCCACUGCAAAUGUGAAAUGCAGCAUUUUAAUCCAUACUUCAGUGUGGAUAAGCUCAUUCUAAAACACAUUCAGUAACUAUGCUGGUCUAAUUUCAGAAAUCUGGUAUAAAUCACUUUACCAGUAGUUGUCUCUGUCAUCGCUAAAAAUCUGUUGCAGUGCUAAAGAUGGGCAAAGUGGCUGACAGUUCACUUGCUCAGACUGAUCCUUAUCUCUCUCUACUGUAUAGUCUUGCCAAAUACCUCUGGUAGUUCUCAGCAUGUAGCAAUGAGGACUUGUAAGUAAGGCAUUCAGCUACAAAUGUAACUUGUAAGUAAAUGGUAAAGAAACCAUUUUAACCUUGUAUAUAAUGUUUAUAAUAUGCAAUAAUAUAUUUUAACUACUGUAUGUGGGCAUGUUUACUGCCACUAUGUUUUUGUAUGUAUUUGGUUUAGGGUUUCAUAGAAUCUUUCCUAGAGGAUUAAAUUGCUGCAAUCUGUUAAAGAGUGUGUACUGAGAAGCUGAUAACUGAAUCUGUACUCAUAUGCUCCAUCCUUGCUCACACAAUUGUAUAUUGAAAUAUUAGAGCAGACUCUGCUACUGGGUCUUGGAUGCUCUGGCAUAAUGGGGCCCACUGUAGGUGCCCAAGUCCCAGCUGUAGAACCUGAGUCUCCCAUCCAGCUGGAACAAAAUCCAAGAGACACCGUGUGUCUGCUGCCUGCUUUGCCAAGAGGUACAGAAGGGACUCCUUCCUGGUCGUCUUCCUUUGAUGAAGCAGAGGCUCCUAAAGUGGUAUUUUCUCAAACCUGUGGUGGGAAUGUUCUUUCUGCAGCAGCCUGUGCAUCAAAGCAUUCCUCUAGACUGUAAGAAACAGGAUUUCAGACUCUUCCUUUUAAGUGUAUUUGCUCUUGUAUCUCCACUGAAUGAUUCAGCUGUGAUUCCUAGGACACUUGGGUGAUGUAUAAGCCUGGGCUUGAUGUAAAUAUUUUAUCAAACAGGAACAAUUUUUCCACUGGAGACUGAGUAUCCCACAACUGAGGAGUGGAGAUUGGUCUCUCUCUCAAGGGCUGCAUCUGAACCCAAGUUGAACUACAUGGUUAUUCCAUCAAAUUCCACACCUGCCUUAUGAAUUCUGUGAAGAGAUAAAGUUGUGCAGGCUAAACUCAUACCAGGAAAGGGGUUCAAGGCCUGAAUGUCCCUAUGACAUCCAAACCCAGCAUCUCCCUCUCUCCAUUCCAUCUCCUCUGGCUGUUGUGGAGAGCUCCUCACUUAGCAUAUAAUUCCAUGAGUUUCAGUUGCAUUUUAUUCUCUACCACUGUGCAUGGAUCCUGUGUGACAGACAGAAGUGGGGUCCUUUCCUACAUGCAGCCUUUAGAGUUUAUUCUUUUCUUUCUAAAACCUUUUCUCGUUUUGUUACACAACCUUUAUUAUUUGGUGGUUAAUGGCAGAAAGAAACACUGCCAUGUUUUACAGGGCUCAUGUGUGGACCUAUUUACAUUCAAGCAAAGUAGCUGGGAUAAGUGACCAGUCUAAUUUGGCCAUAUCUGCAUGAAUUGUCCUGUAAGUUCAUGAACACUUUCUUAACAUCAUUAGCAGUAGCAUCCCAUUAAAAUCUCUUCCUUUAAUAGAAAUGUUAAGUACAUGUCAAGGUUUCUGUGGGAGCAGAAACUAUAAAGGGUUCAGGCUGGUAGCAUCAGCACUAACAUACCCAGAAUUCACAUAUGCCUGUAAAGCAAAGUGUGUAUUCUGUCUUUCUCCCGCCCUUUUCUUUUGUCAUGCACUCUUUCCCCUUCUGAUGCAGAGUUUUGUUGUAAUUUGCUUAACUUUAUAUAAAAAUGCACUCCAGCAAAGAUGCUCUUGCUAUGCUGUGCAAGAGUAAACAGUCUGGGAAUACAAGAGAUUUAUGAUGGUUCUGUUUGUUUCUACUUGGCUCAGACUGAGAUAAAAAGUCUAUGCUGACUUAUCCCAGAUAAUUUUUUCUUAAAGAAAAAAAUAGGACAGUUGAUACAGGAAGCAUUAGGGACCAGCACACAGGACUGGUAAGCAAUACUGUCAGUUCUUGUAUUUCUCUGUUGGUGUUUGGAAUCCUCAGAAUAUCAUCUGGGAUCUCUCAGCUGGUCAAGAUGCCUGGACAGCUCUCUUGGGUGCUGCAGCAUCCUGUGAUGAGGAGCAGUGUAGGAUCAGUGAGAAGUGCAGUGCUUCAGGAAUACUGGGAGUUAAGGAGUUUUCCAUUGUCAUUUUAGGAGCUUUCAGUCAGCCACUGUCCAGAAAAGGAAAGUUGCUUCCAAGAUUAACUGAAAGCUAUUCUAAAUACAUCUUGAAGUGUGCAAAUUCCUGAUAGUAGAAAGCUAAUACUCCUGCCUUUAGUUCCUCUUACAGUCUCAGUGAAGUUAUCAGGAAGGUGCCUAGAUUGGUGGCAAGAUCAUUUUAAAACCACAACUAGAGCUAGGUAAGGAUGAUCAGCCUUUAUUUUAUCUGCCAGGCUCUGAGGCCUUUGUUUCUCUGCUCCAGAUGCAGGUGCCUCACAAGCACUGAGUAUCCGUGCUGCCCCCCCUUCAGUUGUAGUUGUAGCAUCAGCUGCUGGAGGAGCACUGAACCUUGGAUGCUGCUUGUGGCAAGCUCCAAGAUCUCAGGCUUCACCUUUUUGGUCCAAAUCAGCCCAUCACAGUGGUGGGAAAGUGGGAGUAGUGGUAUGAGUAAUGCAAACUUCUGAAGCAGUGGCUGCCUCGUGCCCUGCUCGACUCAGAUAUCCUGAGGAGUACACAGUGCUUACAUGUAUAUUGUUUAAAAUAUGCAUGUUGCUUUUGUUUUAUAAAAAAAUAUUGAUUAAUGCUGGGUCUUCCAAAUAUUAUGAGUUAAAUGGAAGUAGGAUUUGUCUACUGUUCAGCAGGGGACAGGAAUAUCUAUCUUGCCUCCUUUGUCUCUUUGUGGAACUGCUGUGGUUGUUUAUUUAAAGGAACAAAAUUCUCAUUUCCUUCUCUUCUUCAAGACAGCAAUCUUGAAUCUUAAUUAGUACAGCCUGAAGAGUGGCUUGCUGCUCAGUGCAUUUUCCCUAUGAAGAAAAUGCAGUGUCUGUAGAUGUUAUGUUUUGAAAAACUCUAAAGAUGUACAAAAGGAGAACUUCUAAUUUUGGUUCCUGCUGCAGAUUUGGCACUUUGUCCGUCCAUUUGAUGUUUUAUUAUGAAAUCCCAUUCAAAUUCUCAAAUUCUAGUUCUUUCUCACAGUCAGGUGCUGAUAUUCCCAAAAUAAAGUGCAUCCCUUGAGUGAAGUUUUGUGGAUGUACUAUGAUCACCCUAUCAAGACAUUUUGGAGGAUUUCUAACACUGAGUGUAAACUACAAAGAAAAGAAUGGGUUUUUUUCAUGUGUGUCCUCUCUCACAAAGUUUUUGGUCAAUGGAAUUCAGAGAUCAAAUGUCUUUCUUAUAUAUUUUUUUUUCAUUCUAUGAAUUGUUUAAAUGUAAAUUAAUUCAAACAAUUAGUAAAAUCUAAACUCUCUAGCUGUCAGAGAUGCUGUAUAUUGAUGGAACUGGAACUGGAAAGGAGUAUCUUAUGACUUAUAAAAUGUAAAGCUUAUUAAAUGUUUAUAUGCUCUUCCAUUUCCUAUUAAUUGAGACAAGAUACAAACAAAAAUGUUUGUGCCAAAGGUUGUGACAAGCCGUCUUUCUGGCAAACAAGGAAACUUAAUGUAUAAAUAGUGUGCUUUUAUAUUAAGAAUUAGCUCAUGUAACUUAAUAGUGUUGCA